ACAGCCGCCGCCACAAGUCUUUCCGCCUCCCCAGCCUGCCUGGGAGCUGGGAGCUGGAUUAAGGUGGCCUGAGCAGCCGACGCAGCCGCAGGAGCCCGGAGCCCCUGCCCCUUGCCACGCUGCCCACCCCGCCAGAAGGACCAGGAGCGCAGCGGCCACCAAGCUGCCAUGCCCACCCCUCCCAGCACCCGGAGAGGCCCGAGCCCGCUGCCGGGGCUGGCCGCCGCCAUCCAGAUGUAGCCUGGCUCUGGAUCCCCUUCUCUCGUGCUCUGCGGAUUUCUCCUGCCUGCUCUCGGUGCCUGGACCCGAGGACUGGCUGAGGGGCCUACAGGCUCUGGAGUCCUGAUGCCUCCAAGCCCCCUCUCCUGAGAAGCCACCAACACCACCCAGGCUUGGGGACAAGCAACAGGGACGGACGUGGGCCCACCAUGGCCCCAGCCCUGCCCUGGCUCCUGCUGUGGAUGGGCUCGGGCAUGCUGCCUGCCCACGGCACCCAGCACGGCAUCCGGCUGCCCCUGCGCAGCGGCCUGGGGGGCGCCCCGCUGGGGCUGCGGCUGCCCCGGGAGACCGAGGAGGACCCAGAGGAACCGGGCCGCAGGGGUAACUUUGUGGAGAUGGUGGACAACCUGAGGGGCAAGUCGGGCCAGGGCUACUAUGUGGAGAUGACUGUGGGCAGCCCCCCGCAGACGCUCAACAUCCUGGUGGACACAGGCAGCAGCAACUUUGCAGUAGGGGCUGCCCCGCACCCUUUCCUGCAUCGCUACUACCAGAGGCAGCUGUCCAGCACAUACCGGGACCUCCGGAAGGGCGUGUAUGUGCCCUACACCCAGGGCAAGUGGGAGGGAGAACUGGGCACUGACCUGGUAAGCAUCCCUCAUGGCCCCAAUGUCACCGUGCGUGCCAACAUCGCUGCCAUCACGGAAUCAGACAAGUUCUUCAUCAAUGGCUCCAACUGGGAGGGUAUCCUGGGGCUGGCCUACGCUGAGAUUGCCAGGCCUGACGACUCCCUGGAGCCCUUCUUCGACUCCCUGGUAAAGCAGACCCAUGUUCCCAACCUCUUCUCCUUGCAGCUCUGUGGCGCUGGCUUCCCCCUCAACCAGUCUGAGGUGCUGGCCUCGGUUGGAGGAAGCAUGAUCAUUGGGGGAAUCGACCACUCGCUGUACACGGGCAGCCUCUGGUACACUCCCAUCCGGCGGGAAUGGUAUUACGAGGUAAUCAUUGUGCGGGUGGAGAUCAAUGGACAAGAUCUGAAAAUGGACUGUAAGGAGUACAACUACGACAAAAGCAUCGUGGACAGUGGCACUACCAACCUUCGUUUGCCCAAGAAAGUGUUUGAAGCUGCAGUGAAGUCGAUCAAGGCAGCCUCCUCGACGGAGAAGUUUCCGGACGGUUUCUGGCUAGGGGAGCAGCUGGUGUGCUGGCAAGCAGGCACUACCCCUUGGAACAUUUUCCCAGUCAUCUCACUCUACCUCAUGGGUGAGGUCACCAAUCAGUCCUUCCGCAUCACCAUCCUUCCACAGCAAUACCUGCGGCCAGUGGAAGAUGUGGCCACGUCGCAAGAUGACUGCUACAAGUUCGCCAUCUCACAGUCAUCGACCGGCACUGUCAUGGGAGCUGUCAUCAUGGAGGGCUUCUACGUUGUCUUUGAUCGGGCCCGAAAACGGAUUGGCUUUGCUGUCAGUGCUUGCCAUGUGCACGACGAGUUCAGGACAGCAGCAGUAGAAGGCCCUUUUGUCACCCCGGACAUGGAAGACUGUGGCUACAACAUUCCACAGACAGAUGAGUCCACUCUUAUGACCAUAGCCUAUGUCAUGGCUGCCAUCUGCGCCCUCUUCAUGCUGCCACUCUGCCUCAUGGUGUGUCAGUGGCGCUGUCUCCGCUGCCUGCGCCAUCAGCACGACGACUUUGCUGACGACAUCUCCCUGCUGAAGUGACGAGCAGUAUGGGCGGUAGAGAGAUUCCCCUGGACCACAUCUGGGUGGUUCACUUUGGUCACAAGGAGGAGACACAGAUGGCAUCUGUGGCCAGAGCACCUCAGGACCCUCAUCUGCCCACCAAAUGCCUCUGCCGUGACAGAAAAGAAGGAAAGCUGGCAAGGUGGGUUACAGGAUUGCACCUGUGGGAGACAGGAAAGGGAAGAAAGAAGCAUCCUGGUGGCGGGAAUACUCUUGGUCACCCCACAGUUGAGUUGGAAAAUUCUGCUGCUUGAAACUUCAGCCCUGAACCUUUGCCCACCACCUUUAGAUUUUCCAACCCACAGUAUUCUCCUUUGGCAGUUCCAGAAGUACUGGUAUCACACCCAGGUCACACUAGUGUGUCCCUAUGGUACCCUGGCAGAGAAAGAGCCACGUUGAUUUUCCUGCUGGCAAAGUCAGCAGGACAGGAUGCAAAGUUUGCGAUUUGCUUUAGAGAUAGGGACUGUAUAAACAAGCCUAACAUUGAUGCAAAAACUGUCUCUUGAAUUAAACAAAAAAAUUAUUAGAUUGAAGAUGUGUACACUUGAGGGUGAUCUGAAAGAAGAGGAGAGGGAGUGCAGACAUGGAACAGCUUGGAUCAAAGCUAGAAAAGACAGAAACACAACCACAUGUCAGUCCCAGUUUUAGACCUCAUCUCCAAGAUAGAAUCCCAUCUCGUAAGGUGGGUGUCGCUUUCCAGUGUUUUCUGUGGUUGCAGUCUGACUAAAUGCAAGAAAGGAAGAAGGGCUUAUCUGGCCAAAGAGCUCUUUUUGGCUCUCUUAAGAGAAAAGUGCCCACUAAGAAAUUCUGCUUAACAAAUGAAUUUCUACCUUAUUAAUCUCACUUGUCUUUGCCUGAACGCUUCAUUUCAGACGACAGGUAGUGCUGAAAAAUCCCAAUCCCCUAGGUCUCAGGUGCCCUACCGGAGAGAAGUUGGAAUACAGCAGGGCUGGGCUCUGUCUUCCUGGUCACAAGUUCACUCCUUCCCCCAAAGCCCUAUUCCUUGGGAGCUUUGCAGUUAAGGUGCUAAAAGGCAGAGAUAGGAGACCUCUCCUACCUAACCCUUGAAAGCAAAAUCCUGGAGAUUCACCCAACAGGUAUAGAGUUGAUGCCCCAUACCUCUGCCUGAAUUUCUCCCUGUUCAGCUGUAAGUGUAAGGUCUUUACAGAAUACAGAGUGGUUUUGUUACUUUCUUGCCCUCUCUAAUGGUCCCUCCAUUUAUUUGGCUAUGGCUUCAUAUACUGGCUAGUAUUAUCCCAAGAAUGUCAGCAAUGCAGGGUGUUCUGGCUCUAACAUCCUUGCCAACAGUAUCAAGGCUGCAUGGAGAAAGGAUGGCAGCCCCUGGGCUUCCCCAUUUCCUUCACCAAAAGGGUUCCUUGAUGGAGGCCACCCUUUCCCUCUACGUUCUCUCUGCUCCCCACUCCUAGUAAUAUGGGGGUACCCAGGCUGGUUCUUGGGCUAGGUAGUGGGGACCAAGUUCCUUUCCUCCCCAUCAGUUCCAACAGACUAUGACACCAAUGUUCGUGGGAAGAACCAAAUUUUGCUGGUAUACCCACUGCAUCCUAUUCCUAUUUGGUCAUCACACUGCUGCCAGGUAUGGGACCUACAAAGUGUGGAAUCAUCAGAUGAGGGAGAGGGAAAUACAAGGAGGGCCUCUGGGGUUCCUGGCCUCAGCCACAAGCCAUAAACCAAUAAAACAAGAAUACUGAGUCACAGUUUCUUAUCUGGGUUCUCUUCAUUCCCACUGCACGUGGUGCUGCCUUGACUGACUGGAAACACUCUGUAACUACAAAGAUUGACAGCAGCCUGGAGACUGUCCAUUUCUAGCUCAGACUUUACUGUGUAAAUAAACUUCCAGAAUUGCUACCGUGAAAAGAAAAUACCACAUCCUGCUUUAUAAUAUCUAACCUUGUUGGGGGAAAACUGGCUUUUUUCCAGCUCUUUUCAAGGCAUAAAACUCAACCCCUUUGUUCCUUAAGUCCUACUGUCUAUUUUUUUAAAAGAAAACUUGCACUUAUUUUCUUCUUUACCCUGAAACUGAAUUCUAAGUGUAACCACAACCAAAAAAAUCUUAAUAGCAUCUUGCUCAUAAAACAUAUGCACUACAUAUUUUUAUUUUCUAAUUCUUCUGUGAAAUGACUGUCCCAUCUCUACCCAUUGGGUUUGGGGCCCUUCCCUUUGAUAUUCAUGGCUUUUACCAUCGCAGGCUAGUGAACACAGCAAGAGGGGAGAACAGGGGUGGCCAAAACUUAAGUGCUGCUUUUUGAUUGAUCCUGAACAAGAAAAAGAGCUACAAGGAGGCUCAAGCUCCCACACACUGCUCUCCAAAACACUUAGCCUCCUGCUAGAGUUGAUUUUCCAGGGGUUUUUACUGGGAAGCAGUUAAGGCCCCUAUUUAUCCCCACCUUUUCACUCUACUCCUUUGACUUCAAAGAUUUUUGGAAAAGAAGCAAUAUUCUUUACAACCACUUCCAUUUUCUAAAUUUUCAAAGGAUAUUAGAAUAUACUGCAGGAGUUCCACCACUACAAAGUUGAGAGAACAGAAAAUCUUACAAGAUAAAAAAUGAGUCCCCUAAAUGAAAAGAGCAAAGGAACUGGUCUUCUAUUUUGCCCAUUCCUGGUUAUGACAGCUACCAACCUGGGAACAGUAAUAUUUCAUUAACCAAAGAAAGCGGGUCACCUGACCUCUAAAGAAUGGAAUACUCAGGCCAUUGCAAUCACCUGACAAGAUGGUAAACAUGAGCAAGUAAGACAAAAGGAAGAAUUCACCCCGGAGCUAAAAGGCAAGGAUGGAAGACAAAGCAGGAAAACAGCAACAAAAAUAGGAGAUAAUUCAGUUAGAUCUGAAACUAGCUGCUCCUCCCCUGGUAUGUACUGUUAGUAGUGGUAAGCACGUCCAGGUCCCCAAAUGGAACAAAUUCAGUUGCUGGUAAUGUACUGAUAUCCUUCCCCUGAAGCCAACUGUUUGCUUGGUUUCUGUCUUUAUUAGCAUUUAGUUUUUACUUGUUUAAUUCCAAAAGAGAAGGGAGCUAAAGCAACUUCCUGUAGAAGUGAAGAUGGAAGGACAGAAGAAGAUGCAAAGCUCUGACAGAGUCCUAGCUUUCCCAGUUAGAAAACCUAAACACAGAGUGCUCGAUAGGCAGAGGUGGAAAAAUGUUCUAGUCCCAGGUAACUGUCCCCAGAACAAAUGAGUCACAAACUUGAAAUUCAACCUCCCUCCUUCCUAUCACUUUGGUCUCCAUUUCCCCUAGGACAGCAAACACAUCCCCUAUAGCUUUCUUGCUUCAAAAAUUAAACCCUAGCAUCCCAAUGUCAUUCCACAAACAAUUUCGCACAGACAUCUCCUCACCCUAGUGCCUGUCUGGAGCUUACCCAAGGUCACCAAACCACGUGGUUAUGAGCCAAUUGCCUUACCCUUUGGGAGGGAGGGAGGUUAGGAGACCACAGGUGAAUGUGAACAGAUGGGGACUUCACAAAGUUGGCUGGUCAGAGCUUGAUUAGAUGCCCCGCCAGUGGCAGCAAGAGAUGGCUAGGCCCAGGAAAAGCACGUAAGUUGUCUUAAUUUCUAUCCAGAAGGUCAGUGGACAAAAACAUGUUGCUGGAGGCAUGGGGGAAAUGGGACCUGUUGUGUUGUUAUUCUUGGACUGUGAAUUUUGCUGAUGUCAAACAG